UUCAGUUCAAGUAAGAGUCCAGGUUGUUGCUUCCUUGUGAGACAUACUGCCAACCAAAACUGACAUAUUCAAAGGAAUCUAAGGAGUCGUCAAUUGGAUCACCAUUGUGAUAGAUAUUGGAUUACCUUAUUACCAUAACAGAAGGUGAUAGAAGUUAUCUGGUGACCAGAGGAUGUGGAGUUGGCCCAAAAUAUUAAUUUUCUCUUACCUCACAACAGGAAUUUGGAUGGAAAAGCAAUUUGUCUCCCGGAGAGGUAUGAACCUGCAAGUUCAUUCAACUUCGAACUUUACUGAUUUGGAAAGGACAAGAUUUAGAAGAGCCCUUUAUAAGGGUCAUUACUGUAGGACUCGUGGUUGUUGUGAAGACAGAAAUGAUGACUGUGUAACUCAUUUCUAUGAGGCAAAUGCCAUGUGUUACUGUGAUAAAUUUUGUGAAAGGGAAAAUUCUGAUUGCUGUCCUGAUUACAAGUCCUUUUGCCAAGGAGAAAAUCCAUAUCAAAAAGGUUGCUUCAGAGAUCGGCAAUAUUAUGGGGAAGGAGCUGUAAUUAAAGAAAACUGCAAUAACUGCACCUGCUCAGAACAGCAAUGGCAAUGCUCUCAACAUGAAUGCCUUGUUCAUCCAGAAUUAAUUGAAAACAUCAACACUCAAGAUCAUGGAUGGAAGGCUCACAAUUACAGUCAAUUUUGGGGAAUGACUUUAGAAGAAGGAUACAAAUUUCGACUUGGUACCUUCCCUCCCUCGCCUACACUUCUGAGCAUGAAUGAAAUGACAGUCAGUUUGCCUUCAGAGAUCCAUCUUCCAGAGUUUUUUAUCUCCUCCUACAAGUGGCCUGGAUGGACUCAUGACCCCUUGGAUCAAAAAAACUGUGCUGCAUCCUGGGCAUUUUCCACUGCAAGUGUGGCAGCUGAUCGAAUAGCAAUUCAGUCCAACGGUCGUUAUACAGAUAAUCUAUCCCCUCAGAAUUUGAUCUCUUGCUGUGUCAAAAAUCGUCAAGGAUGCAAAGGAGGAAGCAUUGACAAAGCUUGGUGGUACCUGAGAAAACGUGGGUUGGUAUCUCAUGCAUGCUACCCACUUUUUAAAGACCAAUUCUUCAACAAUGGCUGUAACAUGGCAAGUCGAUCUGAUGGACGGGGGAAAAGGCAUGCCACAAAACCAUGUCCAAACAACAUAGAGAAAUCCAAUCGAAUAUAUCAAUGUUCUCCUCCAUAUAGAGUCUCUUCCAAUGAAACGGAAAUAAUGAAAGAAAUCAUGCAGAAUGGGCCAGUACAAGCAAUAAUGCAAGUCCAUGAGGAUUUCUUCCAUUACAAAUCAGGGAUAUAUAGACAUGUCAGCAGCAUAAAGGAUAAAUCAGAAAAAUAUCAAAAUCUACGCGCUCAUGCAGUCAAACUCACUGGAUGGGGAAUACUCAGAGGAGCACAAGGAAAAAAAGAAAAAUUUUGGAUUGCUGCCAAUUCCUGGGGAAAGUCAUGGGGAGAGAAUGGUUAUUUUAGGAUUCUUCGUGGAGUGAAUGAAUCUGACAUUGAAAAGUUGAUUAUCGCUGCUUGGGGACAUUUGACAAGUUCAGAUGAAUCAUAACAUAUCAUUAAAUUUGCAUGAUGCCUUGCAUUUUUAAGUAAACUCCUUAAAAUCAGGUUUUACAACUUCAGGUUCCCGGUAACAUUGGAAUGCAUAUGUCCUAACCUGUAAUUAACUCAUAUCUGUUUUUUGUUUUAACUCAGCACUAUAGUGCUGCUUUCUUUCUCUCACUGAGUUACAAAAAAUAUUAAUAUGGCACAGCAGUAGUAUAAGCUACACAAUUUUUUUUGAAGUGUCUCAUCUCUUUUUCCUUCUUUAUUGUUAGUGUUUUUAAUGGCCCACCAUCUGUGAUAAGACAUAAUUUCUCAGCAUUAUUUGCCUCAAAUGAUGAGAAUACCCAUUAGCACAAAUAUCUUCAUAUUGCACAUCAUAUCUUCAGUGGUGGAAAUCUCAAAAGCUGAAAAAAAUAGGGAGGUGAUCCUACUGAUUCUUUUCUAUAUGUGUAUUUUUCCCACAGUGAUAUUUUCCUUAAUACAAAUGUGGCCCAUGUGCCACUGAAUACAGUGAAAAUCUAAUUUCACUUUUGUUUCUCCCAAUGUUUCUCUCAAUUGCCAUUAUCACUCAUAUUUUUGGGGAGUAGCAAACAAUUUCUUUCCAGUCUGUGCCUGACUUACAUGACAUGAUAAACAGUAAAAUCCCUAUAGAGUAACCAAUGAUUACUGCAGUUCUAUACAUAACAAAAUACGGUAGGAAAUAGACGUCAUGUAUUGUGAAAAGGAGAAGGGCUAAGAAAAGAAAACCUCCUCUUUCCUGAUUUUAAUGCUUCUAAAACUUAUUUGAAGCUUAUAAAAAUUAGCCACACAGCUGUAAUUUGAAAGAUUAUACAUUUUUUUCCCUACCUGAAAACAGCAUCAUGAUGCCCUGAGUCAGAAAGAAUAAAUAUUCCCUUUUCACAAUCAUUUCACAGUUCACUGCUUGAGUUUCUGAAAAGUAAACUCAAUUGGUGCUAAUUUGCAUCUAAUCUUGAUUCCAGUUUUCAACAGUUGUAGAAACAAAAAAAUAGUGUCAUCAUAAUGACUGGGCAAGGGGAUAAUCUCAUAAUAAUUUAGUGACCUUUAGAAAUGGCAAAAUAAUAAAAAUGAAGACCCAAAGCUAUUCAUUAUACAAAUGACAAUGGUGAAUUGUAGUGACUUACUUCACUAGAGUUGCAAGGAUGAGUUAAACAUUGAUACCUAGCCCAUUUCUUUGAUAUUCAGGUGCUUGGUUCUUAACAUUGUAACAUUUUUCAGCUUAAUUUUUGUAUAGGGUUAAAAUUCCCCAAUUAUGUUGAUGAAGACUUAUUUUGAUCAGGAUUUUGAGAAUGUGAGAUAUAAAGCAAAAGACACAUCAUAGAGGAAAGAGGAUUAGAUUGAGAAUUAGGAGACUUGAAUUGUAGUCCAAUUUUUUCUCUUUGACUUAUUUUAUUAUCUUAACCAAUCCAUUUUAAUUGCUUUAACUACAAGGCCCCUGAUUUCUUUAUCCAGAAAAAUAUAAACUAAGCAAUUCUUAAGUUCCCUUCCAUCUCUAAUAUUUGAUCAUUCUAAGAUAACAAAUAUCGAGAAGUUUACUGCUAGGCCUUGUCUGGUGUUUGGUGAAGUGUAUGAAAUUUACUUUCACAAUAAUAUGUAUAAGACUCUGAACUCUAUCAAUUUUGUCUGUGUUUCCUUAUAGUAAAAAAAGGAAAAUAAAAGAAAAGGGUGGCAUGAGCAAAACCAAAAUCCACUCCCCAAAAAUAAACUUUGAGAUCCAUUAUUUUAAGAGAACAUUUAACAGCUUUCUAAUCAAAAAGAGUUUCUAUUCACAGAAUUGGAACACAUCAGAGAUAAAAGAGACCU